ACUGGAUCUGGAUCUGAAUUCUUUGGCGUUCACUAUACUCGGAACACAUGAAGCUGCCAGUUCCGUUUUCAAAGACUGACAGGCAUCCCAGAUGGGAAUGUAAGAACUUGUCAACGCCGUUUUUCGCUCAUAUCAUCUUCUAAAAUUUUCAAUUCAGUGCUCUGUUCAUUUCCGGUGCGAAGUGGUGCGUUGGGAAGUUUAGAAGUUCAUAUGAAAAUAACGAUAAUGCCGGCACACGGUUCUCCACAGCAUGAACGGCCUCAGCCGCGAGCUUGCGUAUCCGCCCUGCUCCAUGUCAGCUUGCCACACUCGUUCUGUGUUGACCUCCCGCGUUACGACUCUAACUAGCCGGUUACUUCUAAUCUUGGUGUAGACAUUGCAUCGCACUUCAUGCCACUGCGCCUUCGGCAUAUACUUUUGGAUGAUGAGAUUUGCACACACUAUCAGUGGUCCGCGCUUAACGGCCACAGGUCUACACUUUAUGACACUCUCUAGGUCUCGUACUCGGAAAGAACAUCAACCUCCAUGACACAAGGCAUUGAAUCGAAAUGGUCGGUCUCAACAUGUACGCGAAUCCACGCAAAUAUUGUCCAAGCCAGGACUGUAUAAAAGCCGUAUUGCUGGACUUCAAUAUUUAUCGCAUCUCUAGUCCACUGGCAGGACACCAGUGUGUAGUUCUCAUACCCUGAAGCCUAUCACGCAAUUUACUCGCUCUCUACACAACUACCAUCAUGAACUCUACUGACCAGAGUUCCACCCCGUAUUACGGACCAUUGGGCGAAUCCCAAUCGGAUAUCUUUCUGGAAAAGACGUUUCUGGCGAGUGGGUAUCUAACUGGCGUAGGUUACGGCAUUCAACUUGUGAUCUACACGAUCUGUAUACGAGGCCUACUUCAACGCAAACCAACUACCAAUUUCACUCGAUUCUUGAUCGCGUACACCACCUGCUUAUGUGCAAUGAACACGAUUUGGACCGGUACAUGUGCAUACGGUCUUCAAUUGACCUAUAUCGACAACCGAAAUUAUCCUGGUGGUGGUCCUUGGGCGUUCUUGCAGAUCGAGUUCUCGACACCGAGCCAAUUGUUGUCGUGCGCGUCAUACAUAAUUGGCAAUAUCAUGGCAGACGCAAUAUUGUUAUGGCGAUGCCAGGUCAUUUGGACUGGUACGUUGGGACGAAAGGUCCGGAUUAUCAUGAUCUUCCCCGGGUUGAUUCAGUUAGCCUCUAUUGCUACGGGCAUUGUAUUUGCGAUAGAUUCUGCUUCUCCUGCAGGUUACUUCAGCAAGACCACGGCGUCAAUCGCCCUGUCAUAUUUCACCAUUUCACUUUCUCUGAACAUCAUCUUGACUCUGAUGAUUGCAGGCCGACUGACUGCCUAUCGCCGUCAAGGCCAGGAAGUCCUUGGCCAGACGUAUGGGAAGCAUUACACCUCCAUUGCCACGAUGUUCAUCGAAUCGGCAGCUCUUCACUCACUCUGCUCCUUUUUACUCCUUAUCACAUACGCUCUGAACCACCCUAUAAAUCAAAUUUGGCUCGGUCUUUAUCCGGCUACACAGAUGAUAUCAAAUUACCUCAUCAUCUACCGCGUAGCUCAAGGACGCGCCUGGAAUACAGACACGCUAGGAGAACUAUCUACUGUAGUCUUCGAGACGCGUGUUCGCCCAGGCUCUCUGUCCUCCAGCGGAUGUUCUGAGGACACACAGACAACAACCACAGACGGACACCCUCCACACCCGUUCCCUGAAGAUGCCGAGAGGGGUUGCAACGUCGCUUAAAUGGCUACCCCGGAUAAAUACCUGGGUCAAACUCGUUCAGGACGAGGAAAUUCAAUAUCGGACAUUAAGCUUAUCUAUACAUCUCUUCGAAAAGCUGUAUUAUCGCAUAACGUAGCACAUACAUGUCAAGCCACUACUGGACGUCUACUAUAAACCGGCUCAAUUUACUUGGCAGAACUUGCUAAAACCUUUUGCACUUCCUCCGCAAAUCCAGCCGUAAACUUGGAAUCAACGAAAGCCUUGACCUUGGCUACUUUAUACUUUCCCUCUCCAGCUGGUUCGAGGUAGUAAGUCAUGAUAGCCUCAUUCUUGUAAUCAACGCCAAACUUGGUUUUGCCAUCAGAGGAUUCCUAGGUCUAGCGGUCAGUAUUUCCCUGUCAUCCAGCGUAUUCACGGUGCCUUACAUGAAGAACAACUACGCCCGGGACUUCAAUGAUCUCUAAGAUUGUUGCCUGAGAAUGACGCGAGUUAAGUAUUCAGUUGCAGGUUUGAUGAAUGUGAUUCAAUAUGUCUUACCGUAUUCCCAGUAAACAUGCUCAUGACCUCCUUGACGCUGGCUAGGUAAGACUCUUUGUCAUUGUGGACAGCGACACCGGUGCUCGCUGGCAAGACAACGUGGAUGUAAUUGUCCGCCAAGGUGGACUCAAGACCAUCCAAGUCUCCCUCAGUCAUGGAUUCCAUCCACUUCAGAACGACUUGUACUUGAGCAGACGGAUUCGUCGGGAUCGCAGAAGACUUUGCGAGAACCAUGAUUGUGAAUAUUGGUAUGUGGAAGAUCUGUCCUGUCAAUCACAUAACACGAUUCUCGGUGAGUCUUCUGUUUAGAGAGAUGAACUAGAUAUCGUACCUGGGGUUGUCUGAUACAAGCUGCUGUUAUUCACGCUCCA